AUGAGUGACGGUGACCCUCCUCUCCGUCUCCUCAGCCUUCCUAACACGCCUCGUCGGAAUAUCAUUCAAUGUAUGGAACAUAUCGAUCAAUUUGCAUUGUCUCUGGUAUCCAAUCGAAGCAAAGAGCUCGUGAAAUCGAUCGAUAUCAAAUGCCAUGCAAUCAAUAUUAAAGUGAACAUCAUAAUUUCAAUUCGAAUCCAAUUUCCACGUGAUACAAUCGAAUGUUCUUUUGAUGAUUAUCAGCGUUCAGUUGAUAAUCCAUCUCCAAACAACAUCAAAGCGAAAGUGUCACUUGGGAAUAGAGAAGGUUUCAUGCAUAAUAAACCAGAAUAUCGAUUCGAGGAGUGGUUGAAUCAUGCACUCGAACUAUAUCACCAAUCUGAACUGGACAGAGUAUCUAUCUUCACACCGUUACCGGAUAUGAAAUCUUUUCGGAAAACGUUCAACAAAGUUCCGACUUUAUUCAUACUUGGAGCAGAUGAUGAACCUAAAAUCAUAGAAUACUACAGGUGUCUUCGUCCGGAGAAAAAUCUGAUCUUCACUGUUGGCAAACUCUGUGUACUUCGCAAUGAAAAUACCGAACUUCUUCACGAAGUGUUCCUUCAAAAUCUCGAUUACAUUCAUGUCGCUUGGAUGAGUCGUUUGACAUUGGAUGAUUUGCUAAUAAUGAACUGCCGAAAACUUGAGAUUUGGUUCCAUUUAGCUAUCAACUAUGAAUCGAUCUUGAAUCGAUUCAUCAAUCACUGGCUGGCUGGAUCCAAUCCGAGAUUACGAUACAUUGAAUUGGAGUGUAAUAUCGUUCGAUUCAUGAAUCAUAUCGACCAAUUUGCAUUGUCUCUGGUAUCCAAUCGAAGCAAAGAGCUCGUGAAAUCGAUCGAUAUCAAAUGCCAUGCAAUCAAUAUUAAAGUGAACAUCAUAAUUUCAAUUCGAAUCCAAUUUCCACGUGAUACAAUCGAAUGUUCUUUUGAUGAUUAUCAGCGUUCAAUGGAUAAUCCAUCUCCAAACAACAUCAAAUCGAAAGUGUCACUUGGGAAUGAAGGAGGUUUCGUGCAUAAUAAACCAGAAUAUCGAUUCGAGGAGUGGUUGAAUCAUGCACUCGAACUAUAUCACCAAUCUGAACUGAACAAAGUAUCUAUCUUCACACCGUUACCGGAUAUGAAAUCUUUUCGGAAAACUUUCAACAAAGUUCCGACUUUAUUCAUACUUGGAGCAGAUGAUGAACCUAAAAUCAUAGAAUACUACAGGUGUCUUCGUCCGGAGAAAAAUCUAAUCUUCACUGUUGGUGAAUUCUUUGUUCAUCGCAAUGAAAAUAGUGAGCUUCUUCACGAAAUUUUCCUUCAUAACCUAGAUUUUAUUUAUAUCGCUUUGAUGGGCCAACUGACCUUGGAUGAUUUGCUAAUAAUGAACAGCCAGAAAAUUGAGAUUUUUUGCCAAUUAGCUAUCAACUAUGAAUCGAUCUUGAAUCGAUUCAUCAAGCACUGGCUGGCUGGAUCCAAUCCGAGAUUACGAUACAUUAAGUUGGAGUGCAUGAAAUGUCGAUUACCUCGAGCAGAAGCAAUAUUAAACGGAAUAAAACAUGAAAUCGUAUCAGAGAAGGAUCCGAAAACACUGAACGCUUUCAAAACUUCUGGAAUUGGAAAAUUGAAAUUUCGAGGUGGUUAUAAUAUCCGCAGAAGAGAUGGAACAGUUGCUACUGUUUCAUUCAACGAGAGGAAUAGUUUCGUGAUGUAUAUUUGGUCAUGA